UAGAAAUAUUGCUAUGGAGAUGGGAAGCUUGUAUAGUGAGUGUAAAAGCAGCUGUCAUGUGUAGCUAGGUAGCGGCGAUGCUAAUUUGCUAGUUACGUAUACAUACAUACAUUUGACUUAUUUUAUGAAUACCGUAUUAGGAAAUGUCUGCUUGUUUGUCACUUGUACCCUAGGUGGUAUUAACUUGAUCUCAAUAGGUUUGUUUUUGAUCUUUGAAAUCCAUGUAUAUGGCAGUAGCGCAGCAUUAACGCAAAUACAUUUUGACAAUUUGGUAUGCACUCUUGUCAAACGUGCUAUAAUGUAAAAUAGUAGCUAUAUUAGUUGGUUCGUUGUAUAUAGCCAAAAAAGUGCAUUGUUCGGUGGAAAUGAUUAACAUGAUGGUUAUAGCUUUAGAUAGCCAAGACCGAUAGCUUGCUAACGUUACCUGACAUCAAAGCGGCGCCCCAAUGGUAUGGCGUAAUAAGUUUCAUACAGUUAUGUGUCAAAAAAAUAAAAAAUAAACAUCUACCAUACCCAACAGACCUGGGUUUAGCAGUGCAGUAUUUCAAGGGUAUGAUAACUUGUUGCAGCCCAGAGGAAACUGCCAGACAGCAAGCCUUUAUUCCAGACAUCUCAGUUAGUGUGAGGUAUGGCAGAAGAGCCCUGGGAAUCCAAAUAGAGUGAAAAGUCAAUGGCUAAAGAGGGUGCAUAGAAGGUGGAAAAGAUGUCUUACAGUAACAGGGAACUGGUGGUGUUUUUUAUAAGCUAUAGACUGUCCCAGAGGAAUUAUUCAUGUUGUCAAUUGGGGCUGGAGGGUGCAAGUGGACGGACUGACGGAGAUGAGGCCAUUGCAAAUGGGUCUGUGGGGAACUACCGGAACAGCAGAAGCAAUUUGGCGAAGCCCUCAUCUCCACAGGGGGGCAUGGAGCCAGUGAAAGCAGCACUACGGGACUCAGUGGAUGAGUUUGAGCUACGCUACACCCGUGCCUUCAGUGACCUCUCCUCCCAGCUCCACAUCACCCCUGCCACAGCCUACCACAGCUUUGAGAGUGUGAUGGACGAAGUGUUCAGGGACGGGGUCAACUGGGGUCGCGUGGUGGGUCUGUUUGCUUUCGGCGGGGCCUUGUGUGUUGAGUGUGUUGAGAAGGAUAUGAGCCCGCUGGUGGCGCGCAUCGCAGAUUGGAUGACCACCUAUCUGGACAACCAUAUCCAGCCCUGGAUCCAGAGCCAAGGCGGAUGGGACCGUUUUGCAGAGAUCUUUGGCAGAGAUGCUGCUGCAGACGUUCGACGGUCCCAGGAGAGCAUAAUUAAAUGGCUGCUAGUUGGGGUGAUUCUGCUUUCAGGAGUGCUGGUCGGCACUCUCAUCAUGAAGAAACGCCAAUGAAGUGGUGUAAUAUGAGCCACAUCUAGUUUACCCCCAGCACAUAUAAACACAAAAUCAACAAAAAUAUAACUUUUAUAGUUUGUUUACAUAAGCACAGUCUGCUUGUGCACUGACAGAAACCUUAUGAUUAGCCAUGGCUAUAACAGUUUUUGGGCAAUGAAUAUGUAGCUUGGUGAGAUGUCUCACAACUCACCUCUCCUGUCCUGCACUCUGUAACAUUUGUUUUUACAUUUGAAAAGUAAUAUGUAAAAUAACAUUUUAUGACAUUAUUUUCUUACUUUUAUAAUUAUUAUUGGUUUUAUUUUUAAAAAACUUGGGUAGAGGGUGUUGCAUUUGAGACUGGAGGUGCUUUAAAUGGACCUGAAGCUAUGCGUGAAUGGGAAAACUACAGCUGGUGUGGUAGGACAUAGGAGAUUGUUUAUGUAUUUUUAGGUUUGUGUGUUACCCUUUACAGGGUUUUUUAUUUUUAGGUUUGUGUGUUACCCUAGUACCAACUAAAUACAUUCUUUCCAAAUUGACAUUUGACCAAUUACAUUGAAGAAUAUUGUUUUUUUAUUUUGUGUUAAAGGCCCAAUGCUGCUGUUUUUAUCUUCAUAUGUAAUCAUUUCGGUGCAACAAUUAAGUACCUUACUGUGAUUUCAAUGAAAAUGGUAAUUUUUUUAAAUUUAUUUUUUACUCCCUUAGCAAGGGAAUUUCAGCUAGGACUCUGGUUGUGGUCUUAGUAGGGAGGGGUAACAGCUCUUGCAAAAUGGGCAUUAUCAUCAUUUUCACAGUAUUCUACCAACCUCUUAGUGAAAAUAUAUAUAAAACAUAGUAAUAUCAUGUUUUUUACUGCAUUGGGCCUUUAACUGAAACCUUUAGUUUCAAUGUGACAAUUUCUUUAAAAUGUUACGUUCUUUCCUUGCUGUACUGGAGUUUCAGGCAUGCACUAAAUAAUAAAACAUUUAUGUUUUAA